UUUUCUACCAAAGCUUCCAGUCACUCCAAAUCUCCAACAACAAAAAUGACAAAAACAAGAAUAGAAGAGGAAUCCCAACUCGGCCCAACGAAAGAGCUAGAUGCCGGAGCUCUCUUCGUUCUCAAAUCCAGAGGAUCAUGGGUGCACUGUGGGUACCAUCUAACGACGGCGAUUGUGGGUCCGCCGGUCCUGAGUCUACCCUUUACGUUUGCGAUGAUGGGAUGGGUCCCCGGCGUUUUCUGCUUAGCAAUUGGAACUAUGGUGACCUUCUACUCCUACAACCUUCUCUCACUGGUGCUGGAACGCCAUGAAAAGCUUGGGCAGAGAACGCUUCGGUUCAGGGACAUGGGCACUACUAUUCUAGGGUCAAGGUGGGCCCGGUAUUAUGUGGGCCCAAUUCAGUUCUCGGUAUGCUAUGCUGCUGUUGCUCUUUGCAUUCUUCUUGGUGGGCAGAGCCUUAAGGCAAUUUACAUUCUCUCUACCACAAAUGAGAAGAUGAAGCUUUAUGAAUUUAUAGUAAUAUUUGGAGGCCUGAUGCUGCUUUUGGCUCAAAUUCCAUCCUUCCACUCCCUGAGACACAUCAAUCUUAUUUCAUUAGUUCUUUAUCUUGCUUACAGCAUUUGUGCUGUUGUUGGUUCCAUAUACAUUG